AUGAGCGAAUAUAAAUCUAGCUUUGUUAAUCGUACUUGCGUCUUUAUAAAUUCCGGAAAUGAUUCCAUGAUUCAAAGUCAGGUGAUCGAAAAUCCGCAACUUAUCAAACUUCCAUUCCCACCAGAAAUUAAUCCACAUGAUUUAGUUAUUUUUCACCCCGAUGGUCGUGUUCCUAAACCUCUUAAUGCCUUUAUGAUUUAUCGAAAAUUGUUUUCUGAAACUGCUCGUGCAAGCGGUUAUAACUUACCAAUGAACAUUAUUUCUCUAAUGGUAUCUCGAUCAUGGGAACAAGAACCUGAUAAAGUAAAAAAUGAAUAUAAAAGAAUCGCAAAAGAAGCUUUCAACUAUCGUAAUGAAUUAUUUCCUAAAAUAAAACCUCAAAAGAAAAGAGACCAAUGGAAAACCGUUUCAUUUGAUAAACCUUCUGUUCGUAAAGUUAGAAAUCCUAAACCUAUGAAAUCUACCAAUAAAUCCACAAAACGUCAAAAAUUUGAACUGCCCACAUCUGAACACCAAGUUAUUCCUAAUAACAAUUUAUUAUCUCACAAAUUUCUUGAUGAUUUAAGUGAUAUUGAUAUGAAUUCACCGAUUUUUAGCCUUGAUUUAUUUACUGACUGGGCCGAUUUCUUUAACAAUCAAAAUACCUAUCCUAGUCCUGACUUAUCAAUAUUUUCCAGUGGCAACAGUUCUCCUAGUUCAAAUGAUCUUGAUUUCCCAAUUCAAGAAGUUGAUGAUGAUAUUGUAAAUAACCUUUUAUAUAUUAAUGAAAACCAGUCUCCAAUCUAUGAUA